CCAUACGUAUUCGGCCCCUAUAUCUACGUUUAUUUACGUACAGGUGUACGCACAUAUGUACGUAUAAGUAUGUAUUCCCAUCUAUGUCUGUAUAAAUAAUGAGGAGGUAAAAAUCUUUGCAAAUUGAAGUUUGCUUCUUGGAGCUUUCUCCCCCAAAAAGCAGGUACCAAACCUCCCGACUUCUCCCCGCCCUUUAUUUAUUCCCUUUUUUUUUAUCUCCUUCAUUUUCAACAAGAAGUUGUGGUUUUUCUAUUGAGAAAAUUUGACCUUGCCAUAUAUGGUUAGAAUUGUUCUUUAACUAAGAAACUCAUCUGACUGGGUCCUGAAUUUGAACCUUAAGUUAAGAUUAAGGAACUUUGGAGGUAUUAUUGAAGCUGGGUACUGUAGCAUAGUAAUUAUCUCGAUCUGGGGUUUUUGUUUUUUUGUGCUCUUUUGCUAUUGGGGUUUCAUUUCUGGAGAAUCCCAGAUCGGAAUAUUGUUGUUAUCAUGUAUUUAUAUGCGAUCAAAAUCUGAUCUUGAUGCUGUAAGUUGCCAUAUGGGAAGGUGCUUAUUUAGAAGUGAAUAAAUUUGGAGAAUAACUAGAAGAUUUGUUUGUUGCCUAGAUAGCUCAAAUUGGAGACCUUCUUGGUGUUGAGAAUCAGGGAUUUUAAUAGGAGAGGUGUUUUUUGGAGGAAGUAUUGAUAGGAUCUUGUAUUUACCAGUUUUGAUUUGAUUUGCUCAAGGGUUUUGUUAUAUGAUUUGAUUUAAUUUGAAGACAGGGUAUUUUGUGUUCCAGUCGGUGUGUGAAUUGAUGGGGAGGGGAGGCAAGGUUGGGUUCAAGCAGGGAAGUAGGAGGAGGGUUAGGCGAAUAGAUGAGGGUUCGGAUGAGUCAGAUGAGGAUUAUAUAGUGGGUGAGGAUGAAGGAUUUGAUGAGUCGGAAGAAGAGGAGUUUGUCGAUGAGGAUGAAUCAGAAGACAGUUUGGGUGAGUUUGAGGAAGAAGAGGAGGAUGAGGAAGAGGAAUUUGUACAAAAGAAGUUGAACAAAGUGAAGAAGGUCGGUAGACCCAAAAAGCGUUUCCCUCGGAAAAAACAAAAUGGAGCUGUUAAGCCAAAAACUAAGAAACGGGUUUCCUAUAGUGAAGAAGAUGAGUGUGAUGACUCAGAUGAAUAUGUUGGUGGAAGGAGAAAUGAAAUUGCAGAGCCAAGAAAGAAAAAAAGAACUUCUUAUAGAGAACGAGAUGAUGACAAUUAUGAUGAUUUGAAUGAAGAAGAUGAUGAUGACGACGACGAUGAUGAUGAGGAGUUUACGCUUGAUGAAAUUCAUGAUGAUGUAGAUGAUGAAGACGUGAUGGUGGAGAGAAAGAAAAAUAAAAAGUUGGGUAGGCCUCGGAUGCCAGAGAAGAGGAUUUCCAAAGGUCAGAAAAGAAAGAGGAACACCAAGGUUUCCAAGAAGAUGGUUAGAAAGAAACAAAGAGAGAAUCAUGGGUUGCCAAGGAAAUCAAGGCAUAAUACUGAUGGGGAGUUUAGAAAAAGUAAAACUAGAAUGGUCGAAAAGAACAAGAAGAUAACAGGACGGGGAGGGAGAAGGAGGGUGCUUUUGGAAUCUGAUUCAGAUUUUGUCAAUUCUGGUUUAUCUGAUUAUGAGUAUACAAUCUCGGAGGAAGAGAGAGAACAGGUUAGAGAAGCUAAUGAAUUCUGCAGAAGUCUGACGACUACUUUGAGGAGUUCUACUCCUGUAAAGAAGUCGAGGGAGGAUGAAGAAUCUGUUUAUCCGCAAAGAAAACGUCUAGUAAGAAAGGGUAAGGAAAAGGAAGAGGAUUUGAAAAUUGAAACAGGAAAGCAGGUGUGUGGAAUUUGUUUGUCUGAAGAAGGGAAGAGGACUGUCAGAGGGACACUGAAUUGUUGCAGUCACUACUUCUGUUUUGCUUGCAUUAUUGAAUGGUCUAAGGUGGAAUCCCGUUGCCCCCUCUGUAAGCAAAGGUUUGCGACAAUAAGCAAACCUGCAAGGUCGGACACUGGAUUUGAAUUGAGGACUAUGAUUAUUCAGAUUCCUGAGCGUGACCAGGUUUAUCAACCAUCUGAGGAAGAGCUUCGGGGCUAUCUGGAUCCAUAUGAAAAUGUAAUAUGUACUGAAUGCAACCAUGGGGGAGAUGACGCUCUCAUGCUUCUCUGUGAUCUAUGUGAUUCACCUGCUCACACCUAUUGUGUUGGGCUUGGACGUGAAGUUCCUGAAGGUAACUGGUAUUGUGAAGGCUGCAGACCAACUGCUCUUGAUUCCUUGAAUCCCCAAGGUCUGAAUCCUACACCCAAUCAUAGAACAAGUAACAGCUUGGCAGGUGUAUCAUCCCCCAUUACCACUGUAAGGGAGACUUUCGAUCUCAAUGAAGCAUAUGUUCCUGACACACCAUUGACUCAGGUAGCUGGACAGCCAUCUCCUAGGCUAUUUGGAGCAGACUUUCAAGCAACUUCACCUGCUUCUGGAUCUGGGGCUUUUACGUUAUAUGAAAGACGCAGAAUACAGCGUCAGAUACACCAAAUAUUUUCCAACAGAAGACAACAGGACACAGGAAUUAAUGGUAUACGGCCUACAGUCUCCGGGAAUGGCCUUUUUGGCUCUCAAGUUGGUCGGAUUCGGGAAUUAGCACCUCAACAUGCAGUAGUGCCAGAUGAGAGGAUAGCAUCUCAUAUACCUUUUCAGGGAAGAGUCCAGAACACUGCUACACACCUUGUGCAAAAUAGUGAUGCUUUUCCUCCUAUACCGACUCAUUUGAGAGCACCAGUGACUCCAUCUCAAGCUUCAACAUCUGGUGAUGGUUCUUUUGGUGGAUCCUUACAGAAGGGUUUUCCUGGGUUCAGUACCAGGAACAGUUUAGGAUCUGGUCAUCAACAAAUACAUCCCUGCAGUGGUAGAUCCAAUAUUGGGUCUGAUGCAAAUCUGUCUCCUCAUCAAUGUAGAGAGGUGAGCCCACGUAAUGUUGGAAAGGAACAAGUGCAAUCAAUGGUUAAAAGUCAUUUAAAAAGCUUAUCUCAAGAAUUGGAGUUAGACUACAGUACCUUCAAGGAUGUUGCAAGGAGCUCUACACACACCAUUUUAGCUGCAUGUGGGCUUGAGCACCGCUUGAAUGAAGUCUACCCUAUGCAAGCACUCUUAAUAAUCUGCUCACAUGCAGAGCAAAAGGCAGGUGGACAAUCAAGUCCUUCUAAAGAUCACUGCUCAUCUUGUUUUGAUUUGCUUGUGAGGAAUGUGGUGAGAGAGAUAAUGAACACCAGAGUUGCACUCUCCUCCAAGGGCUCGAUUCAGUUAGGUUGAUAUUGCUUGGCUUACCAUUCUUUCUGUCCAUCCAUUGACCCCAUUGGGCAACUCGUUUUUAUAGAUUUUUUCUACUUAGGCUGUUGAUAAUGGAAAGAAUUAUAGAAGAAUGGGUCGUCUCCUUGUCAAUCAUUGACUUUUGGGGGGUAAUAAUUAGUCAUUUGUUGUCUAUACAGGAGACAUUUUUUAGUCGCCAUUUCUUGAGAAAUUGCGAGCUUUCCCACUGUCAAUUUAAAGAUUUGUGUUCUUUGACAAACUUGAAGAUUUUGUGACUCUGUGGGACAGUCUAUUUCCACUGUCUUUCAUGUAAAAUUGUUGAAUUUUUCUUAAGCAUCCCUUAACCCUUCAUU